AUGCGCUCCAUCAAGGCUCUACAGAAUUCGCUGAGCAGGGCCGGCAGUCACUGCCGGCGGGGAGGCUGGGGUCACCUGAGCCAGAACCCUCUCCUUGGCUGGGGUGCCCGGCACCACCUCAGUGAGCCGGCGGCGCAGGGCAGGGAGACGCCGCACAGCCUCCAGACGCAGCACCAGGACCAUGACUCUUCAGAGAGUGGCAUGCUGUCCCGUCUGGGUGACCUGCUCUUCUACACGGUUGCCGAGGGACAGGAACGAAUCCCUAUCCACAAGUUCACCACUGCGCUGAAGGCCACCGGACUGCAGACGUCAGAUCCCCGGCUCCGGGACUGCAUGAGCCUGAUGCGCCGCAUGGUUCGCGAGUCCAACAGCGGUGGCCUCUUGGACCGAGACCUCUUCCGAAAGUGUGCGAGCAGCAACAUUGUGCUACUGACUCAGGCCUUCCGAAAGAAGUUUGUCAUUCCUGAUUUUGAGGAGUUCACGAGCCACGUGGACCGCAUCUUUGAGGAUGCCAAAGAGCUCACUGGAGGCAAGGUGGCAGCCUACAUCCCUCAGCUGGCCAAGUCAAACCCGGACCUGUGGGGCGUCUCGCUGUGCACCGUGGAUGGCCAGCGGCACUCCGUGGGCCACACCAAGGUCCCCUUCUGCCUGCAGUCCUGCGUGAAGCCCCUCACCUACGCCAUCUCCAUCAGCACCCUGGGCACGGACUACGUGCACAGGUUCGUGGGCAAGGAGCCCAGCGGCCUGCGCUACAACACGCUCUCCCUCAACGAGGAAGGAAUCCCCCAUAACCCCAUGGUCAAUGCUGGCGCCAUUGUCGUGAGCUCCCUGAUCAAGAUGGACUGUAACAUAGCAGAAAAGUUUGACUUUGUCUUGCAAUAUCUGAACAAAAUGGCUGGGAAUGAAUACAUGGGUUUCAGCAAUGCCACAUUCCAGUCAGAGAAGGAAACGGGGGACCGGAAUUAUGCCAUCGGGUAUUAUCUAAAGGAAAAGAAGUGCUUUCCUAAAGGGGUGGACAUGAUGGCUGCCCUUGAUCUCUACUUCCAGCUGUGCUCCGUGGAGGUGACCUGUGAGUCGGGCAGCGUCAUGGCGGCCACUCUAGCCAAUGGCGGCAUCUGCCCCAUCACCGGAGAGAGCGUGCUGAGCGCCGAGGCCGUGCGCAACACCCUCAGCCUCAUGCACUCCUGCGGCAUGUACGACUUCUCGGGCCAGUUUGCCUUCCACGUGGGCCUGCCGGCCAAAUCAGCCGUGUCAGGAGCCAUCCUGCUGGUGGUGCCCAGCGUCAUGGGCAUGAUGUGUCUGUCACCUCCACUGGACAAGCUGGGGAACAGCUUUAGGGGGGUCAACUUCUGCCAAAGGUUGGUGUCUCUCUUCAAUUUCCACAACUACGAUAACCUGAGGCACUGCGCUCGGAAAUUAGACCCACGGCGCGAAGGGGGAGAAGUCCGGAACAAGACUGUGGUCAACCUGUUAUUUGCUGCCUCUAGUGGAGAUGUCUCAGCUCUUCGAAGGUUUGCCUUGUCGGCCAUGGAUAUGGAGCAGAAAGACUAUGACUCCCGCACCGCCCUGCACGUUGCCGCCGCUGAAGGACACAUUGAAGUUGUUAAAUUCCUGAUUGAGGCCUGCAAAGUGAAUCCUUUUGUCAAGGACAGGUGGGGCAACACCCCCCUGGACGAUGCGGUGCAGUUCAACCACCUGGAGGUGGCAAGACUGCUGCGAGACUACCAGGAGUCUUACACACCGUCUGAGACCCGGGCCGAGGCUGCCGCGGAGGCCCUGUCCAAAGAGAACUUAGAGAGCAUGGUGUGA